AUGACCUUACGCGGCACUACCACCACAAUCACGCUGCAGCAGCUGGAGAUGGAGGAGCCUGAGACCUCUGGCGUCUUCGGGGUUCUGGCUGCAGGCUUCGGCGUGGGCGCAGUCGUGGGAUGGCUGAACUCCAAGAAGAAGGAAGUCGCCACUGCAGCUGCAGCCGCCACGGUGGCUCUGGCACCAGGUGCUGCUCAAGCGAUGAUCGACUACGAUGGUGUGAAGUACCUGGGCGGCACGGACAAAGUGGACAUCAACAAUGCCAACAUUCAGGCCUACCGCCAGUUCCCGGGCAUGUUCCCCACCAUUGCGGGUCUCAUCGGCACCCAUGGGCCUUACAAGCAGGUUUCGGAAAUCUACGAUAUCCCGGGCAUGACGGACCAGCUGAAGAACAUUGCUAAGAAGUACGAAGGCAACUUGGUCUGCUUGCCGGCCAGCCCUGCCUACUUCAUCGACCGCAUCAACAACGGCCUCUACCGCUGA